GUUCUGAUCAGCAAGAGACAACACAUGCAUCAUCAGCAGCAGCAGCAGUUUAGCUUGUCCCUGCAAGUUGAGCACCCUCUGGCUCCUAUAAUAAACCUUGCAAAUUUGCAAUUGCAAUGGCACAUUGGCACAGAGCAGAGAAGCCUCCUCCUGCUCGAUCGACCUGCAAUGGAAGGGCUCAUCCCUUUCGUGUUCGGCGUGAUCAAGAAGCGGAGGAGGAGGAGGAGGAGGCCGCCGGGUCGAUGCUACGAGCGCCUCCACUCUGCCGGCGGCGGCGGCGGCGGCGUGUAUCGGUCGCAGAGCUGCCGGUUCCCUGUCCGUGCUCCGGCCGACGAGGAGGAGGAGCUCGAGCUCUUGUACUACGACGACGGUGGCCGUCGGCGCGCGUCGCCGGCGGGGGCCCUCUCCGGCGAGAUGCCGGCCUCGGCGGUCGGCUGCAGCGAGCGCGGGUUCUUGUCUAGGUCGCUCAGGUUCAGCAGCAUGCGCGUGCUCGCUUGCGUCUCCGGCGCAUGAGAGAACGCAUUUGUGUUAAUUUAGCAGUUCUUGUACAAAGUACAGAGUGAUCAAGUGAAAAAUGGAGUGAGAUUUAUUUUGCAUAUGCAACUAUGCAAGCUAAAAUUUCCUUAUGUUUUCUUCUUCUUCUAGUUAUGUGAUGGCGAGGUUAAAUUAA